AUGUUUCCAGAAAAGAGAGACCUCUCGUAUUUCCUCCCCUUCGGCCCCGCGGCGAGCCUGAGCACGCUACCAUCCGACGCGGGAUUCGGCGGGAGCCGCGAAGCCGGCGUUACAACCGGCGUAGCUGCCGGAGGCGUCGCCGGUGCCAGCACAAGUUACGGCUUCAGCGGUGCCGGCCAGGCGGGGUUCAACACCGAUGCGGCGAACACAGCAGCAUCGCGGCUCUGUGCGACUGGGGUGAUUGACAGUAGUAACCAGCCGGCGAAAGAUAAUAACAACCAGACGAACAACAACAAUAACAACAACGGCGCGAGCGUGAGCAGCACGCUGAGAGAGUACGCGUGGCCGGGCACCAUGGCUCACGCGCUCGCCGCCAUUGCCCGUGGUCCCGCCGCUAGCCAGGUGACAAGUGGCAAGACGUUAGCGGACGCAAUAAUCGACAUUCGCAGGCAGCUGAGUCUCAGCGAUGAUUCUUCCGGAGGAGGAAUCUCAGGAGUUUUUCUUCUCCACGCUGCCCGGAAUGGCCUUGCUCGCCCUCCAUCUCCCGAGCCUCGUCUCUCAGCAGGCUCGGAGCGUGGCACGGGCCGCCCAAGCCGCAGCGCAGUCCGGCAGCAGCAGGGGGAGCGAGAAUUGGCGGAGGGGAACACAGAUGACGCUGCAGCUGCUGAGGCCGCAGCAGCCGGGGCUUGUGCUUAUAACGCAGGAGCUCACAGCGGCGCUGUUGUGAGCCGCUGGGGGGGAGGUGGAGAGGGGGGAGAAUGGGGGGAUGGGGGGAUGGGGGGAUGGGGACACGGUGGUGGGCUUGAUGAGUCUGGUCUGGAUGGGGCAUGCAGCGUGCCUUGGCGUUGCGCUCUCAACGGGAAGAUUAUUGCAUCUGCCUUCGCCUCUGUGCCUCUUCUCGCCCAUCUCGCUCCUUACGACGUGCUUCCGACCCUCUCGUCCCUCUCAUCCCUCGUACCGUCCACUCGCCCCAUGCGCAUCCUCUCAUCGGUUGCGCACAUCCAGGGGCACAUCCGCAAGGCAUUGCCUCUUACUCCCAUCUCUCUCCUCCCCUUUCCCCUUCCCUUCGUCCUCAACCACCCCAGGGGCAUAUACGAGGGGUGGCCGCAAGAGCAGGAGAAGCUGCGGUGCCUGCUGCACUACUUCCGCCGAGUCGUCGCCUCCAUGCCUCAGGGCACCGUCUCCUACGAGCGCAAGGUGCUGCCCCUCACUGCUGUCACCCCCGCCACUGUCACACCCGCUGCUGCUGCCGCUCCGUCAGCCAUCCACACGUUCAACGCCCCUGUUAUUGACACUCCAGGCCACAUGAAGCAGCCGCAGCAGCAGGAUGUAUAUGGCUGGGGUGGGGAGGCAGGGGAGGGUGGAGGGCGGGGAAGUGGGAACAUGAGACAAGGCACUGGGAGUUCGCCGCCUGGAAGUGGUGGGAGUGGUGGGCAGGGUGGGCGGCGUGGUAACGGUAGUGGCGGUAGUAAGGGCAGUGGUAACGGCGGUGGUAACGGCAAUGGGAACGGUUACGGCAGUGGUUACCAGAGUGGUUCCUGA